AUGCGACACUCACAACACUCUUAUCCGUUCUCGAACGCCAAUCUCAAGAUCAUAUCCUGCAUACAGGUGCUAUCCCGAUCGAAACGCUACACAAUUCCGCAGGACAUAGUGCCAUCAGUCCACUCCAGCACGCAUUCCGAUGAAGAUCUGUUGCAGAGUCCAAGAUUCUCGCAUAUCCAUCUAGCGAUGUUACAGCAUCCGACUCAUAGAUGUACUCCUAUGACUGUGGAAGUCUCGCUAGUCAAUUACGAAACAACAAGACGUGAGCCCGUUGUCCUCCUCCUGACACAGGAGUCGAGACAAUGCACCAUCUUCGACACUCCACCACAACUCAACAGAACGCCUCACGCCUUAGAGCAGUUAGGAACAGUUUACGCUACGAUUGCUGACCAACACGAUAAUCUGUUCCUACUCACGCUCAACGUUACGAACAACUCGAUCGUUCCGACUCAUCCGGUAUAUCUUUCGGAUUCAGACUUGGACACGCUACGUUCAAGGAACAUCUCGCUCGAGUCAUUUACAUCUCAGCGCCGCCGAAAGCCAGAUAUUCUCAUUGGCAUAGACUAUCUCUGGAGCUUCAUGACGCAAGAAAUCCCAUUGUCCUUGCCAUCAGGACUAGUAUUGUGCUUUACGCGUUUCGGACCUCGUCGACUGCAUACAGAUCAACAGUCCACUCCGUUUGAAUUUCUCCAUGCACGAUUUGUCGAAGUAACAUCAGGUCGUAACACAAGCACUUUAAGACGUAUGUUACUCAACUACCUCGCAUCUGCAUUAACUGUUUUAGCGGUAAACAUCCUAUGGACAAGCGGUUGCACCCUCUUUGUGGUGAAUGCAUUCCUGGCAAUUAACAUCUGCUUAGUGAAGAUACCAUCGCGUUCUGUGCAUCCGUUCUGCUAUGUCUACGUUGCCUAUUUCGGCUACCGUCUCGGUUUCCACAUCGAAUAUCAACGACAAGCCGCAUCAGGCCACCGCUUCUUCGGUUAA